AUCAAAAGAUUUUACGUUUUUAUACUCGAACCCAGUCAAUGCUCCCAUGUCCAUUCAGCAUUUAAGAUCUUCCACCUACUAAGCAAGCUCUAAGUUCUUAACUCCCCCAAAGCACUACCAAGGGCCGCCCUCCCCGCCCAAGGAUAACAUCAUCAACCCAGGUCUCUAAUGAUGUCAUCUCCGGGCCUGUUCUGCUUCAUCCUCCGGAAACCUACAACUCCAGGCACCCGGUCUCCAGCCUUCGGUUAUUUUUUUCUCUCCAUAGCCCGAAUUCCUUCUUUCCCAUUCUCCCACCUAAAACUUUCGGCUCUUCCCGCCUUCCCUCAAGGAACUAUGGAGGCCGCGCCCGGGACCCCCCCGCCGCCGCCAUCAGAGUCGCUGCCGCCGCCAUCGCCACCACCGCCAUCAACGCCUUCGCCUCCUCCGUGUUCCCCCGACGCCUGCCUGGCCACCCCGCACCUCCUCCACCACCGUCUCCCGCUCCCUGACGACAGGGAAGAUGGGGAGUUGGAAGAAGGCGAACUGGAGGAUGAUGGGGCCGAGGAGACCCAGGACGCCUCCGGAGGCCCCGAGAGGAGCCGGAAGGAGAAGGGGGAGAAGCACCACAGCGACUCAGAUGAGGAGAAGUCUCACCGGAGGCUGAAGCGGAAACGCAAGAAAGAGCGGGAGAAGGAGAAGAGGAGAUCCAAGAAAAGGAGGAAAUCCAAGCACAAACGCCAUGCUUCUUCCAGCGAUGACUUCUCUGACUUCUCAGAUGACUCGGAUUUCAGCCCCAGUGAGAAGGGGCACCGCAAGUACAGAGAGUACAGCCCCCCCUACGCGCCGUCCCACCAGCAGUAUCCCCCGUCGCACACCACGCCCCUGCCCAAGAAGGCCUACUCCAAGAUGGACAGCAAGGGCUACGGCAUGUACGAAGACUAUGAGAACGAGCAGUACGGGGAGUACGAGGGUGAGGAGGAGGAGGACAUGGGCAAGGACGACUACGAUGACUUCACCAAAGAGCUGAACCAGUACCGGCGGGCCAAGGAGGGCAGCAGCCGGGGCCGAGGCAACCGAGGCCGUGGCAGGGGCUACCGAGGCCGUGGCAGCCGUGGAGGGUCUCGAGGCCGAGGCAUGGGCAGGGGUAGCCGAGGCAGAGGCAGAGGCUCCAUGGGAGGAGACCACCCAGAGGACGAAGAGGACUUCUAUGAAGAGGACAUGGAAUACGGAGAAAGCGAGGAGCCGAUGGGAGAUGAGGACUAUGACGACUAUUCCAAGGAGCUGAACCAGUACCGCCGGUCCAAGGAUGGCCGAGGACGAGGGCUAAGUCGAGGCCGUGGCCGGGGUUCCCGAGGUCGAGGGAAAGGGAUGGGCCGGGGCCGGGGUCGAGGUGGCAGCCGAGGAGGGAUGAACAAGGGUGGAAUGAAUGAUGACGAAGACUUCUACGACGACGACAUGGGGGACGGCGGCGGAAGCUACCGGAGGGGUGACCAUGACAAGCCCCACCAGCAGUCUGACAAGAAAGGCAAAGUCAUCUGCAAAUACUUCGUGGAAGGGCGGUGCACAUGGGGAGACCACUGUAAUUUUAGCCACGACAUCGAGCUACCAAAGAAGCGAGAACUGUGCAAGUUUUACAUCACCGGAUUUUGUGCCAGAGCCGAGAACUGCCCCUAUAUGCAUGGUGAUUUUCCGUGUAAGUUGUACCACACGACCGGGAACUGCAUCAACGGCGAUGACUGCAUGUUCUCUCACGACCCCCUGACCGAGGAGACCAGAGAGCUCUUGGACAAGAUGUUGGCUGAUGACGCAGAGGCAGGCGCUGAGGAUGAGAAGGAAGUUGAGGAGCUGAAGAAGCAGGGCAUCAACCCCCUGCCCAAACCACCCCCUGGCGUGGGCCUCCUGCCCACCCCGCCCCGCCCACCUGGCCCCCCGGCCCCGACCUCUCCGAAUGGCCGGCCCAUGCAGGGUGGCCCCCCGCCCCCACCCCCGCCCCCCCCUCCGCCCCCCGGCCCCCCUCAGCUGCCCAUGCCCGUGCACGAGCCGCUGUCCCCACAACAGCUGCAGCAGCAGCAGGACAUGUACAACAAGAAGAUCCCUUCCUUGUUUGAGAUCGUGGUGCGGCCCACAGGACAGCUGGCUGAGAAACUGGGUGUGAGGUUCCCUGGACCCGGAGGACCCCCAGGGCCGAUGGGCCCGGGGCCCAACAUGGGACCCCCGGGGCCGAUGGGGGCCCCGAUGCAUCCUGACAUGCAUCCCGACAUGCAUCCCGACAUGCACCCGGACAUGCAUCCGGACAUGCACCCCGACAUGCCAAUGGGCCCUGGCAUGAAUCCUGGCCCGCCCAUGGGCCCUGGCGGCCCUCCAAUGAUGCCCUAUGGUCCUGGAGACUCCCCACACUCUGGAAUGAUGCCUCCCAUCCCACCAGCCCAGAACUUCUAUGAAAACUUUUACCAGCAGCAAGAGGGCAUGGAGAUGGAGCCAGGACUCAUUGGGGACACAGAGGACUACGGGCGCUACGAAGAGCUGCCGGGGGAGCCUGGGGAGCACCUCUUCCCCGAGCGCCCUCUGGAGCCUGACAGCUUCCCCGAGGGAGGGCCCCCAGGCCGGCCGAAGCCGGGCGCCGGGGUCCCCGACUUCCUGCCCUCGGCCCAGAGGGCCCUGUACCUGAGGAUCCAGCAGAAGCAGCAGGAGGAGGAGGAGAGAGCGAGGAGGCUGGCUGAGAGCAGCAAGCAGGACCGGGAGAAUGAGGAAGGUGACACUGGAAACUGGUACUCAAGUGAUGAGGAUGAGGGUGGGAGCAGCGUCACCUCCAUCCUGAAGACCCUGAGGCAGCAGACGUCUAGCCGACCCCAGGCUUCCGUCGGGGAGCUGAGCAGCAGUGGGCUGGGGGACCCCCGCCUCCAGAAGGGACACCCCACGGGAGGGCGGCUGGCUGACCCCCGCCUCAGCCGGGACCCCAGACUUACCCGCCACGCCGAGGCUUCCAGCAGUUCAGGCCCAGGUGACACAGGACCCUCUGACCCUCGACUGGCUCGCUCCCUGUCCACCCCCAAGCCCGAAGGCGGCCUUCAUUCCAGCCCCGCAGGCCCCAGUGGCUCCAAGGGGUCUGGGCCACCCCCUGCAGAAGAGGAGGAAGGGGAACGGGCCCUUCGGGAGAAGGCUGUAAACAUUCCCCUGGACCCCCUCCCUGGGCACCCACUGCGGGACCCGCGAUCGCAGCUGCAGCAGUUCAGCCACAUCAAGAAGGACGUGACCCUGAGCAAGCCGAGCUUUGCGCGCACCGUGCUCUGGAACCCUGAGGACCUGAUCCCCCUGCCCGUCCCCAAGCAGGAUGCAGUGCCCCCCGUGCCCGCGGCCCUGCAGUCCAUGCCUGCCCUGGAUCCCAGGCUGCACCGCUCCACCGCCUCGGGCCCCCCCAACCCCCGGCAGCGCCCAGGCGCCUCUACAGAUCCCGGCACAUGUGGCUCCAACCUGCCUGACUUUGAGCUCCUCUCUCGCAUCCUCAAGACUGUCAAUGCCACUGGCCCCUCGGCGGCCCCUGGCCCCGGUGACAAGCCCAGUGACCCCCGAGUGCGGAAGACACCCACCGACCCCCGGCUGCAGAAACCAGCAGACUCUGUUGCCUCCUCCCGGGCGGCCAAGCCUGGCCCCACCGAAGCGCUCUCUCCAGCUGCCAGCCCCAGCGGGGAGUCCUCCCCGCCAGCCACCGCCCCCUAUGACCCCCGCGUGCUGGCAGCCGGCGGCCUGGGCCAGGGCAGCGGGAGUGGGCAGAGCAGCGUGCUGAGCGGCAUCAGCCUCUACGACCCCAGGACUCCCAACACGGGUGGCAAAGCUGCAGAGCCGGCUGCUGAUGCAGGCACCCAGCCCAAGGGCCCUGAGAGCAAUGGCAAGAGCUCCGCCACCAAGGCCAAGGAGCCCCCGUUUGUCCGCAAGUCCGCCCUGGAACAGCCUGAAUCGGGGAAGUCCGGGGCAGAUGGGGCCGCGGCCACGGCCACAGACAGGUACAACAGUUACAACCGGCCUCGGCCCAAGGCCGCUGCGGCCCCAGCCGCCGCCACGGGCGCCCCGCCAGCAGAGGGCGCCCCGCCCCAGCCCGGCGUGCACAACCUCCCGGUGCCCACCCUCUUCGGGACCGUGAAACAGGCACCCAAGACGGGCUCCGGAAGCCCAUUUGCUGGCAACAGCCCGGCCCAAGAGGGUGAGCAGGACGCUGGGUCCCUGAAAGAUGUUUUUAAAGGCUUUGACCCCACUGCCUCCCCCUUUUGCCAGUAGUGUUAAGCCGGAGUUGAGCGCUCCCUGCACCCCACCCUUCCCAGGGCAAUAUUUAAGGGCAGCAACCAGAGUUGGGGACUUGGGGGGAGGGGGGAGGGGGUCUGGGUGUUCUUUCUUUUUUCCUAUUCUUU